AUGGAUCUGCUUUCUAUACUGCUUGGCUCUUUUCUGCUUCAUGCUGAUGGAUCUGGUAUUUUCCCAAUGUCCACUCCUGCCGCCUCCAAGCCCGCCAAGUCGUCCAAGGACCAGCUCCUGGAAUUGGUGAAAACGCCGCAAUUUGUCUGGUUCACCGGCCAUGUGUCCACGCUUUUGUUCAGUCUUGUCUACUUCCUAACCUUCAGAUCCAAGGGGAAGGCACACAGACUCAGUUACAACUUGAUUUUCGUGGCUGUGAUUGAAUCGUUCGGUAUCAUCAUCCACCAGGGCUACAAAACAGGCACCUUGAAGGUGAACAACCCAAAAGCCCUGCUUGCCGACGAUAACGUCCAGUACACCUUGAUUGCGUCUGCCUUGUUGCUGGUUCUGCCAAGAAUCUCCCUUGCAAUCUUCCCAUUUGGGUUCUUCUCGUUCUUCCACUCCAUCAACUACUUCAGAGGAGCCAUUCUGCCAAAACUCGGCCUCAAGAACGAAGCCGGUCUCUCCAACAAGCUCGGAGCCUUUGUCAAGAACUAUAACGACCUGUCCAUGUACUACGCGGCCAACUUCGAGAUCGCCACGUUCGUGUACAUUGUGUUCAAGGCCCUGAUCUGGUCUCGCGGGUUCUGGAUCGCGCUUGUUGUUUAUGGGGCCUUCAUCAAGUUUAGAUACGAGAAAUCCAUCUUCACCAGAACCUGUUUCAAGAAAAUCGAGGUCCGCGCAGACGGCCUGUUCUCGCACCCGUCCGUGUCGCCGCAGAUCAAACAGUACUGGAUCAACGCCAAGUCCGUCAUCAAGAAGUACGGAAACCAGUACAAGCUCGUGUCGGAGCCGGCCAAGCCUGCCAAGUCCGAUGUCACCGAUGAGGCCUCGCCCGACUGGGCUGCCUUGGAAGAUCCCGUCUUGGUCUUCUUCACCCGGUACGGCUCAAACUUCUUCACCUGCUCGUUAUCUUUGUUCAGUGCAACCACCACCAAAUCGUCGCCCUUGCCCUUCACUUUUAACAGAUCCUCCUUCUCCAUCGCCUUGAGAUACUUGGCGGUUUUCUUCCAACUCGUCUUCUUGAUGUUGAUCAGACUGCUGUCCAUGGGAGGGAAGUUCUUCAACACAUGGGCAGACAUGAACAGCGACGCGUCGAUCGGCGUCUCCACCGAGUCCUGGCUCAGAGUGUACAGCGUUGCGUUCAGGAACAGGCCGUCCAUGUCCUGCGGCGUGAGGGCAACUUGUUCGCGCGGUGUGGCCGGCUGCUCGGCGAUCUCGAGCUGCGCAACUUGCUCGCUCGUCGCGCUCACCGACUCGUCCACCAGCUGCGGCUCUACAUCAACCUUGUCGGGCAACUUGGCCCCCUUAACCAUCCCGCACAGCCAGUCCUCGUACACGUGCACGAGCUCCACGGCAACGCCCUGCGACCCCACCACGUCCGUUACGUUCUCGAGAUCCAUCUCGCAGAACCCGACCGCAACGGCCACGUUCGGGUGCUUGUAG